AUGCCCGCCUCGUACGGCCAGCGCGCCCUGGGCGCCCUGCUGCUGCUGGGCACGGCGGCCGGCCUGCUGGGCGUGCUGGCCUCCAUGCUCAUCUUCCAGGUGCAGGCGGGGGGCGCGGGGGGCGGCGGGCCCGAGGGGGCCGGCCGGGGGCUGCUGCCCGUCUCGGCCGUGCUGGCCUCCCUGUGCCUGGUGCUCAGCCUCAGCUGCCUCCUCGUCAGCCUCCUGAACGGCUACUGCGGCGCCGAGCGCUGCGCGUCGCCAGGGGGCGCUCUGGGGCCGGACAGCCGACAGAAUUUGGUGACAAAGAAACUGAUAAGCCUCAUUUCUCUGCCGUCCCACAGGGCUGACUGGUUCUUGCUGGACACCCGGAAGGUGCGCCACGUCGCCGUGGGUCUGUUCUGCUGCGGAGUCUCGGCCUACCUCGCAGCUCUCUCCAUGUACAUGCUGGUCUCCUUCGAGGUCGAAACCGGGAUCACCAGCGCCUGUAUCCUGUCCUCGGGCAUCCUUGUGCUGCUCAUUACGGUGACCCACGUGCUGAUCCGUGCCUCCAGAGCCACAAGGCGCAGUCAAAGGGAGGGUUCCCACACCCUCUACGAGAACGACUCGGCCCGUGGCAGCGACACCCCCGCCGCUCACCUCAACAACGCCAAGAAUGUGGCCGCCCCCAGGCCGAGGCCGGAAAUCCACCGCGAGUUUUCGUACCCGCCCUACCUGGAGCAGAAGUCUCACCUCACGACCCCCGCAAGCAGCAACGUCACCUCUUCGGGGAGCCCCGCGGUGACCCCCGAGAAGGAUUGCUACCCCGUCCCCAGGAUGCACCGGACGCUGUCGGCGGAGUCUGGCCUCCUGCAAGCUCACGGGAAGCCAUGGAAUGGAGUCACGCAAGAAAUGAGGAACGUCUUAUCCCGGAAGCUGGCCGGCUCGGGGAAAGAUUCAACUCUGGUGUAGACUUCCGAGC